ACGAGUUCUCGCUGGUCUGGGACCAGUGUCCACUGAGCGAGUGGGUAGAGAUGCCGAACAAUGGGCUGAAGUACUGCGCACUGAUUCCAGGAGCCAUACGAGGAGCAUUGCAGAUGGUACAGCUUGAUGUACAGUGCUGGUUUGUGCAGGACCAGCUAAAAGGCGAUGCUGUAACAGAGUUAAGAGUGAAAUACAUAAAGAGAUUAGAAGAUGCUGUACCAGCCGGAGAAGAUUAGAGGAUUGUUAGCUUUAAUUUCUUUUUAUUUUUAUUUAAAAGACUUAUUUUACUAUAAAAAUAUAAUUUGUUUAUAGAGUUGGAUUUGGGCUGAUACAAUAGUUAUAUAUUUAACAACUACUAUAGUGUACAGACUGGGCGAAGGUUAUAGGAUGUUUGUGUCCGUCCGUAUAGCGAUCAUCGUACACAAGGUGUUGAAACCCGCCAUAGUGGGCCACGUAAGUGUCGAGUUCUGGGCUCAGCCUGUGCAUAUCCUGUUACAAACCUGCCUACAUAACUGUGACUCGCGAAUGUUAUUCAUCUCUCGUCAGUCAACACUAUCACGUGUCAACUCCAAUUAUGAUCAGGUGAGGUCGAGGCACUUUCCCUAGCCCAUAAAAAAUACGGUCAAAAAAUCUACAAUACUUGUUCUGACGAUUCGUAUUGUAAUUAGCUUUGGUAUAUCUAGUUUAAUAUGCCGACAUAAUUCCUGCAAUUAUUGAGGGCCAAUUAUGGAGGACACAAACCUCCCUACUUUCUUGACAUAAUGUCUUGUUACUUGGCAAUGUAUAUGAACUGUACAUCGUAUAAAAAUCAUGUUCUUUGUAGUCAACAUGCAAAAAAAAGAUUACCAUUCUGAGUGCUCAGUGCUUUCUUUUAUGUACAUAAAAGAAUAGAUCUUAGUUUUAAUUUUAAUUUUUUUUUGUUUUCAUUUCUCCCUCGUUUUUAAAAAAGUACAGCAAAGACUCAGCCAUGCAGCCUUAUCCUCCGUUCUGUUCCACAUCCAAAAUAUUUUAAUUAAAAUGUAAAGGCCAGAUCUA